AUGUCUCAUACUGCGGUGUUACUUGAGGAUUGUAUGCCUUUAGCUGAUGCUGAAGGAGCUAAAAAGUAUAGCAUGAGUGAGUUGCUAAAGUCAUAUGGUGGCCUGUGUUAUGGCCAGAAUGGAAGUCAUUAUGAACCAAGGCCUGUUCUACCCCCGCAACCAAAUAGGUGCGACUGGGAGAUUGACCCUUCUGAGCUGGAGUUCUCGAACUCAAUUAUCAUAGGGAAGGGAUCCUUUGGUGAGAUUUUAAAAGCAUGUUGGCGUGCAACACCUGUGGCUAUCAAACGCAUUCUUCCAAACCUUUCAGAUGAUAGAUUGGUGAUUCAGGACUUCAGGCAUGAGGUGAAUUUGCUUGUGAAGCUCCGUCAUCCUAAUAUAGUGCAGUUUCUAGGAGCUGUUACCGAAAAAAAGCCCUUAAUGUUAAUUACAGAGUAUUUACGAGGGGGUGAUCUUCAUCAGUACCUGAAGGAAAAGGGUGCACUUAAUCCAUCAACAGUGAUCAACUUUGCAUUAGACAUUGCUAGGGUUAACCCGCUGGUAAAUUUUGUUGCGCUUGCAAUUACGAGGCUAAAACCAGGAGUGCUUCAGAAUUUUAGUACUUAA